GGCACUCGCGACAGUCGUCACGACGAAGUCCGUCGCUCUUCCUCAGUCGAUGUCGAGGCUCUGCCUCCUUCCUACGAGGACUCUAUCGAGCUCCCUGCGUACACGCAGGUUUCGGACCAGCCUACGUUGGCAAUGUACCUGUUCAAAUUUGGCUUCCUGUUCCCCCUCUUCUGGGUGGCAGGUGCAUUCAUCUUGCUCUCGCCGCUUCGUGCUCCCGAGGAUUGGGAGUCCACCAAGCCCGAGGUCGUGCGGCGCGAGUUGAUCGAGUCCAUGCGCCGCACCGAGAUCAAGUGGGCACGGCGCUGCCUUAUCGCCCUCGCUGUCCUCACCCUCGUCCUCGUUGCCGUCGGCCUCAGUGCA